AUGGGUGGAUGGGAAGUUUAUUGUGCAAUAUGCGGUGGUACGUUCUGUAGCGAAGUUGAUAUGGAUCCUGAAGGGACGGACAAGGACUAUUAUCGGUACGAAGUCCUUAGGGAUUGCAACUUGGAAUGGCUAGACAAAGUCUGUGUUCUGGGUAUUAACGAUGACGCCCAUGGAAACGAUAAAUCAUUUCUCAUGGAUGAUGGUCGUUACUGGGAUUAUGGGCAAGUCCACGUUUCCAGGGGAGAUGGUGAUGUUGAUAUUCAUAUGACUGCCUAUCAUGAUUUUUCCGAAAUUGGGCUGCCUUGUGUGUUUCCUUUCCAUGCAAUUUGCUACCAUGAUAUUCUUCAAAGAUGCCUCCGCCAAGAGGGCCCUGAACAAAUCAAGAAAGCUGUGUUAUUUGAAGUCUUCGAGAAUUUGAACGGUUAUCCAUACGUUAGGCUGCAGCUUAAUUACGGUGAACCAGAGCCCCUUGCUGAACAGGUUUGGCACCAUCCUCAAGGCCAAGAAAGUUUGGUCGUCAAUCCGGUUCAAAUUCCCCAGCUCGAGUCUGAACUUGAUGUUAUCGCGAACUCCUUCAGCAAGAAGGCCACACCGAGUCGGCAUUCCCACAGCGAAGAUAUUUUCAAUACUCUCCCGUUAGAGUUACGACACGAGAUUUUCAAACUUCUUCCAGCUGGUUCCAUUCUCGCUCUCAAGGCCGCUUCAUUGGUGAUGCAUACUACCGCCUUACCCUGCGACCUUUGGAAACGCACGUUAAUGAGUGAAAUACCUUGGCUUUGGGAGGUUCACGAUAUCGAUGCUUUCCAGUCCCAAGAGGUGGAGGACAGCACUUCCAAGCUACUUCUUGAUAUUCAGAAGAAGAGUCGGUACACAUCUGAGAAUGAUGAUUACAUUUUCGGACUUGCCAACAGGAGACGGAUUUGGGGCAUCUGCGAGCAGAUUCGUAGCCAUUACUUGAAAAAGCUCAAGGGUAUUUCCAAUGCAGAGAGCUAG